ACUUCAGUCUUGAAUUUCAUAUCAAUGUGUACAUGAGUAUUUCAGGAAUAAUGCAGCUCCGUCAGAAUUUUUUCAUCAUUCUUUUGUUCUUUGGGAUGGUAUUGAGUGGGUAUGUAAUUAUUCUUCAAAGUCGGACGGAUGUUGCUUCUGUGACACCAUGGUCAGCUCCAAUCAUUUGGGAGGGAACCUUUGACCCCAUACUGAUCGACUCUAUCUACAAACAACACAAUCUCACCAUAGCAACCACAGUCUUCGCUUUGGGAAAAUACACACGUUUUGUUAAAGAUUUUCUGGAGUCAGCAGAACAGCAUUACUUUGUUGGAUUUCGAGUGCAUUACUACUUGUUUACAGAUCAACCAGAAUCGAUUCCUGAGGUGAAGAUGGGUGAAAACCAUAAUUUGACAGUUCGAAAGGUUCAGAGUUUGAACAGAUGGCAGGACAUCAGUAUGAGCAGGAUGGGAAAACUGGAAAAACUAAUAGAGAAUGAACUGGCCAACAAAGCUGACUAUAUUUUCUGCCUUGACAUAGAUACAAAGUUCUAUGGCCGUUGGGGUGUGGAGUCUUUGGGUCGUCUGGUAGGUGUGAUUCAUCCUUGGUUCUUUGAUGCUCCAAGGGAUCGAUUCACAUAUGAGCGUAGACCAGAGUCUCAAGCAUACAUUCCAGCUGGGGAAGGUGAUUUUUAUUAUGCUGGUGCUGCAUUUGGUGGCUUAUUAGAAGAUGUACAUCAACUCACCAAAACCUGCAGGGAGAAGCUGCUCAUUGAUGCUGCAAACUCCAUUGAGGCAGUAUGGCAAGAGGAGUCUCACUUGAACAAGUAUUUCCUUUUGAACAAACCUAGUAAACUGCUCUCUCCUGAAUAUAUGUGGAGGGACAUCAAUGGAAAAGCAGACCAAAUAAAAGUAAUUCGCUUCUCUAAUGUAGCUAAAAACUAUGCUGAAGUUCGUCCAAAUCCAUAGCAACCAGCAUUCAGCUACACUGAAUACACCGUAGUAUGG